AGAUUUUCUGUCAUCCUCGAGACGAGACGAGAGUCGUCGAGCGAGUCCCUUCCUCUGGCGCUGUGGCUAUGCCAUUGGGUCAAUAAUAGGCCCACUAAACUCAGCAUUAUUUUGCUCGAAAUCGAAUAAAGUCGUGAAAGACAAGAUGCAAAAUCCCCUUCGGCACCUGUUGCAGACAUGCCCCAGAGCGAGGAAGCGAGGCGUUUUGCUUCUUGACGGAGGGUUGACGACCUCAUUACCCAAAGGAGCGGAAAAGCAUUUUCUCUGGGGCCACCAGCUUCUUUACGGUUUAGAUGGUGGAAUUUCGGCAUUGAAGGACGUACAUGUUAAGGCUUUACGUAAUCAUGAAAAUUCAUCUUGAGAAGCUGAGGCAUCUCCCCCGAGGAUUUUCAAGGCGAAACCGUUCAUCAAAGUAGAUGCGCUUGCGUUUCAUUUUCAAGAGGAAAAACAUGGUUACUAAAAACAUAAACUCAAACUCUAAGCACGGCAAGUUCUUGAGAGCAGGGUCUGAUGUGAUAUCAACGCUGUCAUACAAGUUGUCUGCAGAGUUGAUCGCAGCCUGCUACAAGGCAAAACGGAGUAAGGAGAAUCCUUUGGGGAUGAUGAGGGAGGUUGUUGGUGGACGAGGUCGUAGCGAAGGCGAGAUGGAUAUAGACUCCGAAACUCAAAACCUGUUCAAUGGAAGUGCUGAGGCAGCGAGGCAAGCGAUCGAGGAAGAAGCGGAUCAUGUUGUGGAGUCUACUACAUCGGGUUCUACUUCAUCUAGCACUAAAAACAGUAUAAAACGUUUAGUCUUUGGCAGUGUGGGACCAUGUGUGGAUGCCACAGAGCUUUUUCGCGGUGCCACAGAUCCCAACACAAGGUCAAAAGGAAACGAAGAAGCAGACCGGAUGAAGCAUUACUAUGAGAAGAAGCUGCGGAUGUUGAAGAAGGUAGUUGUACAAGUUACUAUGCGAAGAGUAAGACCCACUACUUCCUUGUAGAUUGACGAUCAUCGUCAUUCUUGUCAUUGUGUGAGAAUCUGCAAGUAAUUCUUGGGAGAGUUUCUAAUUGAGCAUGUGCAUGCCUGCUACAGUUCUUGAGUGUUUUUUUACAACAAACUCGUGCAUGACUGCGUGCGACUGCGUUUUUCUAUACACUUUUAACAGGCUGGCGUCGACGGCGUUUUCUUAGAAACUCUUGCGGGCAGUGUAGAAGCGACGAUUGGCGCAGAAAUAAGUGGUCGCCUAGGAUUAUCGACUGUGGUGUCCUUCUGUUGUAAGGACAGCGCGCAUACAAAUAGUGGAGAAGCUUUAAACGAUUGCGCGAAGAGGAUGAGAGAAUACUCGCACGUUCACGCAGUGGGGGUGAAUUGUGUCAAACCGGAGCUAGCAGUGCAGCUGGUUUAUGACGAGCGGGAAGUAGUAGAUUGAGCAGCGUCGAUCAGGAGGAGGAGAUAUAUUUAUACUUGAUGACCAAAUACUACACGUGUAUGGUUCUGGUAUUUGGUAACCUGAGUUUGAUCCUAAGGGUACUCUUCUUGUUUUCCCUUAUGAUCAAACUCAGGUUACCAAAUACCAGAAGCAUUCAGCAGGUUUUUGAUUCAGUUUGUUUUACGCACGUUCAAGUUGAGUCGUGGUCAGUGGGUAGUAGAGCGAUUCUGAGGUGGGGGUCUCGUUCUCGUACCUCGAAGAUCCUCUAACCACCAAAAACAUUGAAAGCAGCCUUACACGAUACGAAGCUGAUCGCAGUCUACCCGAACAGCGGUGAGGUCUGGGACGCGACUGAGGGGGCCAGAUGUUGGCAUGGAGCAGACAAGAUGAAGGUUCUGGACGGCUCCGAUUGUCUCUCAUACAAAGAGGCAGGUGCAGAUUUGAUUGGAGGGUGCUGCCGAGUUACUCCUGAACAGAUUCGGCUCUUUGCGGCGGCAUUGGAUGUCGGAGCAUGA